AGACGGAUACGCGCAUGAGAGAGUUAUCUCACUUCCUUAAAGUACUCUUUGGCUCCUCCUGUCUGUCUCUGUCGCCGUGGUCUCCAGCAACAGCAGUCUUAACAUUCUGCUCAAGUUUUAGUCGUCUUCUGUCAAUUUAAUUUAAGUGUAUGGGCUUUUAAUGGACCUGGCCUUAGUUUCGUGUGUAAGCUCUGUACAAAAAAAACGCCUUUCAGGGUUGUGGGUUGGCAAGCGUUAGUAAACGUCAGGUGUUGUCCUUCCAGCCGUUCAAGUGUCGUUUGGUCACUGCCACGUCCCGCGUCCACCUACUCGGUUUGUGCGCUAAACGCUGACGAUAGCAUUAGCACUCCGGGUGUUGUCUACCCUGAUUCAUUUCGAAUAACCAGCCCGUGGUCGCCUCUGCCAAAAUGAUGGACUUUGACAAUAUAUUGGACAUUGCCACGCAAAAUCGGGCCCCCAGCAGUUCACAGAAGAGAUACAGUUUACAAGCUGCACCACCCAAAAAGGACCCGAGGUCAAAGGGGGUAAAUCCAUCGGCUGUGCAGGCGCUUCUGAAGAAACAAACUUGUGAAAGCAAGAAGAAAGAAAUCCAAAUGAAGAAAAAGAAGGAGGAACUACUAGCAAAGAGAGUGGAGUUGAAAUCGGACCGUAAAGCACGAGCCAUGGCCUCCAGAACUAAGGACAAUUUCCGAGGCUACAACGGCAUCCCGGUGGUGGAGCUUCCCAAGAAGAGAAGAUCAAAACUCGAGAUGCAGGAAGGGCGGUCCUCGAAUGGGGAAGGUUUUAGGAAUAACUCUAUUGACCCCGAAGAUGACGAAGACAAUUACGAGUAUGAACAGACUGAUUCGGAAUCGGAGCAGGAGCCCGAGCCGCGGAGACCUGGGAAGACCACAGGUUUUGGUGGAAAUGGUGGCGAUAGCAGUAAUAGCAGCGUCAGGCCCUCCUCUAAAAAGCCCAGCGGGCCUCCCAAGCCCGCGCCGCCUCCCAUGAACUUUGCAGAGUUACUCAAAUUGGCAGAGAAGAAGCAGUUUGAGCCCGUUGAGGUAAAAACCAAGGUAGUGAAGAAAGACGAAAGGCUCCGAACAGCUGAGGAGAUAAGGGAACUGGAGCUGGAGCGCAAGGUUAAGAGGCCCAUCAAAGAUUUGAAAUCGGCGGAUAAAGAAAGGGACGGCAAAUCUCAGACUACCUUUAGUUCAAUGAGAAAAAGCACUUCUGAGAAGGAGCAGAAGAGUUUAAAACCACAAAAGCCCGCCAUAGAAAAGCAAAGUCUCCCCAGUGGGUCAGGAAAGAAGUUGCAUCCAACACGGACAAGUGAUAAAGGCCAGACUUCUUCUAGGCCCUCUGUUGGGGACCGAGAGAGAGACAGACCCAGGAUGUCUCAGAGCGAUCGAGACAGGCCUAAGACAAACUCGUCUAGUUCAUCUGGUGCUGUAAACGGCAAAGGCACUUCAAGAGCCACGUCUUCUCAGGUUUCAGCCAAACAAGGGGGAACCAAGCCCUCAUCCAGCCACAAAUCCAGCACCCAAAGUGACCUUAUCAUCAAAAAAGAAAGCUCAUCACGAGCCCCAGCUAUUCCUGGUAACAGGGGUCCUGGUACAGCUGUCACCGGCCAAAGAUCUCAACCUGGGAGCUCCAAACAGAUCAGGCCCAGUCAGGGUAGCUCAUUGAAGCAGGGCCCUAUGGUUGGAAAGCCUGGAAAGGGAGAACCUCUACGGCCUGGAAUGAACUCCUCUGUAAAGUCUGGCAUGAGACCUUCAUCGGGCGGCCCUCUUAGGUCAGGGAGCCAACCUCAGUCAAGGCAUGAAGGCACGCUCCAGGCGAGAGCUGGCGGUGUCCCCCAGGCGAGGCUGGGUGGGAGUGGCCUACAUGGCCCCCCUAGAGGUGGUGGAUCCCGACCUCCCGGGAUCGGACGUGGUCGGCCUGGAAGUGGAGGACCAGUACCCGGGCGAUCGACUGGCAGCAUCGCAUCAGGACCUGGCAGCUCCAAGUGCACCGUGGUGUCCGAGACCAUUUCAUCCAAGAAUUUCGGGGGGCCCCGACCAGGCGUCCCUCCUCGGGCAGGCAUGCCGCAGAACCCGGGAAUGCUCCAGAGACCAGGAAUGGCGCCGAGACCAGGAAUGCCGCAGAACCCGGGAAUGCUCCAGAGACCAGGAAUGGCGCCGAGACCAGGAAUGCCGCAGAGGCCGGGAAUGCCGCCCAGACCGGGAAUGCCACAGAGACCCAUGAUGAACAGACCACCGGGUACAAUGUUACCGCCUAUCACCUCUGCAUACAAGAGGAAAUACGACGACGACGAAGAUGAGUGUGACUCAGAAAUGGAGGAUUUCAUAGACGAUGGAGAUGAACCGCAGGACGACAUUUCCAGGCACAUUAAAGAAAUCUUUGGCUAUGAUCGGAACAAGUACAAGGAUGAGAGUGACUACGCACUUAAAUUCAUGGAGAGCAGCUGGAGAGAUAUGCAAAAAGAGGAGGCCAGGAGCCUGAGAAUGGCUGUGCAGGAAGACCUGGAGGAGGAGAAAAGAGAACAAGAGGACCUGAACAUGCUAAAGGCCAAGAGGAAAAAAAAGAACUGAAGGCUGUGGGGUUUUUUUUUUUUUUUUUUUUUUUGGAAAAGAGGAAUAAAAAGAAAUGAAAAAACCAUCCUGUUUGUCCUGAAAGGUGGGACAGCCGAUCUGCGUUGAAGCUCAGUGACUGUGGCCACCUCGACCUCUGUUGCUCUCUCUGCUUCUCUAAAUAUGAUUGGACCUAAACGCGUGGCCAUGUCUCCAGAGGAAAAGAAAAGAACGUUUUUCAAAGACAACCUGAAAACGUCAAACGCAAAAGAUGUGUAAAUCAUUCAGGCAUUAGUCUGCAACAAAAACAAUCUCACAUUUCCCUAUUUAUUUCCCCCACUGUGCAGUGAUCUCAAUUUCUGAAAGGACCUGUGAACUUUAAAUAUGGAAGUGUGGUUCUCUCCUUUUCUUUUUUUCUUUUUUAAACUAACAAUGACACUAUUAAGUUAUGAUGGAAUGCUAUUUUUCAGCAGGAUUUGUUGCAUAUUUUUCUAAACAAACUUUGAUUUAUAAGUACAUUAAAUAUGCAGAAAACCACUUACUGUGUUGUGCUUUAAAGGGAGUUCAGAUAAA